AGCAGAUGAGCGCAGAAUAUUUAGGCAAAACCGAGAGGAGGGGGGGAGCACGGGGCAGGAGGAGUACCUCGGCCAAGAAAAUUAUGCAUGCGUUAGGCAAGCUCUGAGAGAAUGGCUGUGGAAGCUCUCCACUGUGGUUUGAAUCCGAGGGGCAUUGAUCACCCUGCCCAUGCUGAAGGAAUUAAGCUGCAGCUUGAAGCUGAAGGUGUAGAAUCUCAGUCCAUUAAAAACAAAAAUUUCCAGAAGGUGCCUGACCAAAAAGGAACCCCCAAGAGACUGCAGGGAGAAGCUGAGACAGCAAAGUUAGCUACGGUGAAGCUGUCAAAACCAGUGGCCCUGUGGACGCAGCAGGAUGUCUGCAAGUGGCUGAAGAAGCACUGUCCAAACCAGUAUCAGAUCUACAGUGAGUCAUUCAAACAACAUGACAUAACUGGGCGAGCCCUGCUGAGACUCACAGACAAGAAGCUGGAACGCAUGGGGAUCCUCCAGGAGAACCAGCGCCAGCACGUCCUGCAGCAGGUGCUCCAGCUGAAGGUGCGGGAAGAAGUCAGAAACCUGCAGCUACUCACACAAGCCUCAGUGGAAAGUUCUCCAUAAACACAGUAGCCAUGCAAGCCGCUGCCCGGGCAUGAGCAUGGCCUGUUCCCCAGAGAAAGACUUACUCUUGGCACUGCCAGAAGAGAUCCUUGGAGCGUGGACAGAUUAACUGGAUUAUCUGAGAAGAUGCCUACUCAAUCAAGAUCAUGAAGUUUGGGAGGAUAAAAAAAUUCAUCUUGGUUUGCCGUGGAUUUUCAAAUGAGGUGCAUAACAUACAGUGCCAACUCGUUCCAAGUGGUCAUUGGCAGGCCAUUAGCUGGAAAAUUACUUCCAGUUCUCAUCACUGUGCAUAACUCAAGUUCCCCUUGGGCUCUGUCUGUGCCCUUCACGACAAGUCCUGUGUUAGCAUGGCAACUACUGGAUUUAUUUCAUUAAGCGUACAGAUGGCAUGAUGUUUUAGAAAAACAAAUACAAGAGUUCUGCAGUCUCCGUGGAAGGGUUCACAAUAUUAUGCCCUGGUAGGAAUGUAAACGCGUCUUGAUUGUGUUAGUUGUAGUGUCCCAAGGUGUUCUGUCUAACGCUGAAGCACUUUAUCUGAGAACACGACACUGAGCUGAAACCGCAUCUGGUACAUGUAGAGAAACAAAUGUCUCCUCUCUUCUUUCUAACUCUUGUCUUAUUUCUGGCUCAGACUGUCCAAGACAAACUCCACUCCUAGUAUACUCUCAGUGUUCUGUGGUAGAUCAUUGUAAAUAUGGCCACGAUACUGUUAGAUUUCACUUGCUGAUGCUUCACCGGAUAACUGGAUUACUUACAGCACAAAGGGAAGCCGAAGCUAGCAAGUCUGGUAACUGGACUCUUUGAAGUCUUGCUUCACUGUACCCAGGAACAACUUCACACAUCACAUCAUGACACACUUUACAGGAUGCUUCUCUCUGGCCCAUGCCUACACACUCCUCGCCUACAGAGGAGAUCUUCCAAACACAAAGACUCGUGGAUUAAUGCCAAGGGCAGCAGAAUGCAGCCUACCUUAGUGGACCCACUUCCACCCUUAGGAAAACUUCCAGAGGUCAAGUUUCAAAUCACAGUUCCAGAGAGAAGCAUCAAACGACCUCACUGUGUGCCCAGAGAAGUAAAAUAUUCAGCCCACAGUAGGUUUUCUUCCUUGGCACAGAACUCACUCUUCCAUGAUAAUGCUUCCUGGGAUGUAUAUAUGACUUUUUUCUUUAGUUCUAUCCAACAACAAAGCACAGUCCUGGGAAACCUGUCCAUUCAGUCAGUGUUUUUAACCUGAACACCAGAGAAGUGUUCAUUCAUAUUGAUUGCCCCCCUUGUGAUACAUUAGCAUCUUUUCCCUGGACAUUGGACCUUGGCUGAAUUAAAACACAAAAGUGUGUCAUGAACACUCACUAACCUAACCUGGGAACCCACAGGC